CAAGCAACAAAAUCAUUUUUCUUCAAACCCAAAAAAGGAAAAAGAUCAAUUUCUCAUAUUUGUUUUUUUUUUUCUUUUUCUGAGGGAUCAAUGGCAGCAGAAGGGACUUUAGCAGUUCAUGGUAUGUGGGCAAGUCCCUUUUCAAAGAGGGUUGAGCUUGCUCUCAAAGUGAAAGGAAUUCCAUAUGAAUAUGUUGAGGAAGAUCUGAAGAACAAAAGGCCAUAUUUCCUCUCAAUCAAUCCAGUUUACAAGAAAAUCCCAGUUCUUGUACACAAUGGAAAACCCAUCGCUGAGUCCCUUAUCAUCCUUGAAUACAUCGAGGAUACAUGGAAGAACACUGGUCCUAAGCUUCUUCCUGAUGAUUUCUAUGAAAGAGCCCAAGUUCGUUUCUGGGUUGACUUUCUUCAUUCCAAGUUCUCAGAGAAUGUGAUGGCAGCAGUGACGAAAGAUGGAGAGACAAGAGAGAAGGCCUUGAAUGGAAUCCAUGAGCAAAUCAAGAUCCUUGAUGAGGGUUUGAAGAGAUUUUACCCAAAUGGAACUUCAGGGAUUACACAUGAGAAUUUGGGUCUUUUGGGUGUUGUUGGGAGCUCUGUGCUGUGUCCAUUUUUAUCUACAGAAGAAGCUCUUGGAAUUCAGCUGAUUGACCCAGAACAGGCUCCACUUGUCCACUCUUGGGUUGAAACUUUGAGGGGAAUAUCUUUGGUCAAAGAGACACUCCCUCCUCAUGACAAGCUUGUUCAGAUUACCAAAUAUUUCAGAGAGAUCUCCCUUAACCCACCACAAAAGGCUUAAAUCUUGUCAUUUUGGGUCAGCUUUGGAGUUUGCUUAUGUUUCCUUAAAUUUGGUGUUCAAGUUGGUUUUAUAUGUAUGGCUUUUUUUUUUUUUUUUUUUUUUUUCAAUUUCUUGUGGUCUGUGUUUGUUUAGACAACACUUGCAAGAAGAGAAAUGGUGUAUUUUUAUCUUUGUGCAUUAAUAAAACAGAGUUUUAAUAUUUUUG